ACAAGCAAAUGCAAAACUCAAAGGGAUUUUUGUAUCCAAAGAAACUCCACAGAUUUCCCUGUGAAGCCAAGACAUCACAAGAAGCGUCUAGUUGGGACUACCUUUUCUUCCCCCUCAGACCUGUCUGUUAAUUCACUUUUCAUUACUCAAAGGAUUUACUGAGGGUCCAAGAGUCUCUGCUCAUGAAUAAAGGCCAGGAAAAAAGGAGAAUCUGAAAACAAUUGCAAGCGCUGGGGUGAGUUUCUUUAAGUGUUUCCUCCGCCCUUCUUGCUUUGUCCAAAUCUGUAGGAGCUUUCCUGUUAAACAGCUCGUGGCAUAUUUCACAGCCUGCGGGUUUGCUUCUGUAGCCUUUUUCGAGACCGGCUCAGUCUUCUCAGUGGAGAUUUAUUAAUAUAAACUGACUUGAUUCUCAGUUGCUCUGGUGAAACUGCUUCAAUAAAAAUUUUGAGGGUGGGUGGAAGGCUGUCAGAAAUAAGGCUGCAAUCAAAUUAAAAUGGCAGAUGACAUUAGUUUCUCAGAUCUGGACAGUGAUGGGUCAGAGAACAGUGAAGAAACUGAGAUUAUAGUCAACGUUGGAGGGGUAAGGCAGGUGCUGUACAGUGAUCAUCUAAACCAAUACCCGAAUACAAGACUGGCAGAGCUUAUGAACUGCUUGCCAGGGGGGUAUGACAUUAUUUUCUCUCUUUGCGAUGACUACGAUCCUGGGAAAAGAGAAUUUUACUUCGACAGAGAUCCCGAUGCUUUCAAAUGCAUUGUUGACGUGUAUUACUUUGGGGAGGUUCACAUGAAGAAAGGAAUAUGCCCCAUUUGUUUCAAGAAUGAGAUGGAAUUUUGGAAAGUGGAUCUCAAAUUUUUGGACGACUGCUGCAAAACUCAUCUCAGUGAAAAAAAGGAGGAACUCGAAGAGAUAGCCCAUCGGGUCCAGUCGAUUUUGGAUGACUUGGGAGUGGACAGCUCUGAAAACCGCUGGAAGAAAUGCCAAAAAUGUAUUUGGAAAUUCAUGGAAAAACCAGAGUCUUCCUACCCAGCUCGAGUAACAGCAGUUCUGUCUUUUCUGUUCAUCCUAACCUCCUCAGUAGUGAUGUGUGUGGGGACCAUCCCGGAACUGCAGGUGCUGGACUCCGAAGGAAAAGCUGUGGAGCACCCAGUACUGGAUAAGAUUGAGAUAGCUUGCAUCGGCUGGUUUACCCUUGAGUAUAUCCUCAGACUCAUCUCCUCUCCUAAUAAACUGCAUUUUGCUCUUUCUUUCAUGAACAUCAUUGACAUUUCUGCAAUACUUCCCUUCUACGUUAGCCUGAUAUUGACUCAUUUGGGUGCCAGAUUGAUGGAGUUAACCAAUGUGCAGCAAGCUGUCCAAGCGCUCCGAAUUAUGAGGAUUGCAAGGAUUUUCAAACUAGCACGCCAUUCCUCGGGUCUACAAACUUUAACCUAUGCUCUAAAGAGGAGCUUUAAGGAGCUGGGGCUUCUGCUGAUGUACUUAGCUGUUGGGAUUUUUGUGUUUUCUGCCCUUGGUUAUACGAUGGAGCAAAACCACCCAGAGACGUUGUUUAAGAGCAUCCCUCAAUCCUUCUGGUGGGCAAUAAUAACCAUGACUACUGUGGGCUAUGGGGACAUCUAUCCAAAGACCACACUGGGGAAACUGAAUGCUGCCAUCAGUUUCCUUUGCGGGGUAAUAGCCAUUGCACUGCCAAUCCACCCCAUCAUUAACAACUUUGUCAGAUAUUAUAAUAAGCAGAGAGUUUUGGAGACAGCGGCCAAGCAUGAACUGGAACUGAUGGAGCUAAAUGCUGGCGAUAGGAAAGGUGGAAGCCCCAAAGAUGAACCAUCAUAUCUUUCACGAAAAGGAAAAGGAGAUCCUCAGUGGAGGAGCCAGCUCAAAGUCUCUUUCAGUGACACAUUCAUUCACUUCCGGUCAGAUGAUAAACACCACCGAACCAGACUUCGGAGCUGUAAGUAGACUCCAGGAGUUUGCCUGUAUUCAGCACAAACCUGGAAUAAGAAUGAAAUCUUAUAUUGAAAAGAUUAAAGAGACUCUUUUGAGACCAGCCUCUCUUACCCAGCACGCCACCUCCCUCUGCACGGGUAUCUCCAUCUCAGUUUGGUAACCCAUAGCCUAUAGAACCUGCACACAAAACAAAUGUAUGGUCAAAUAAUAAUAAAUGCGUCCUGACACCAAACCCUUUGUAACUAUUUCAGAGGUUAACAACAGCAUAUCAGUCAGUAACUGUAUCAUGAUUUGGAUGUGAAGCCUUAUGAACUCACAAAAAUGUAUGAAUAUUAAUAAAAGAAAAAAAUCAUAU